CACGAUAUGCAAGUCUCGGAAGAAAUGCCCUUCAGAAUCUUGGACUUGCCGCCGGAGCUCAUCGUUCUCAUCCUUCGCAGCCUGGACUGGAGGUCUAUUCUCCAGUGUCUAGCCACAUGCAAGACCCUGCAAGGUCUCACUCAAACCGCAGAAGUCCGAUAUCAGUUAGAGCUCGCAUACGAUGGGCUCCUUCCCACCCCGUCAUGGACUUCGGUGCCCUUCCACGCCGCGCUGGCUGCCCUUCGGACGCGUCGCGAGGCUUUCAGAUAUCUGCAAUGGAAGAAUACUGUCAAUGUAUCCAUCCCAGGACCUUGCCAGGCGUAUGAGCUGGUCGGCGGUGUCUUCGCAAAGAGUAUGCCCGCGGGCGGCCUGAUGCUCGCACCGGGCAGCAGGCACUUUUUGUUCAGUUGGCUGCCGACUUCGAAGGGGCCUGUGGAAUUUCCUCGCGGCAGCCUGGACAAUGGAGGUCAUUGCUCAGAUCCCGACUACCACCCGUCCACGUCGACUCUCGUCAGGCCUGACAUCGGGAUCGCCACCAGGGACUUCGCUAUUGAUCCUACUCAAGAUUUGAUCGCGUUGAUCGAACAUGAUGAUGGUCCCACUCUCACUUCCCCACAUGCCUUGGUACAGAUCCACUUGCGAACGAUUUCGACUAACGAACCGCAUCCGGAGACGACUUGCCCUAUCUUCCGCCAUGUCACGCCAUUCAGAAUUGGUGAGGGUAACGCAUUCAUUCAGAUCGUGGACGACGUGGUAGGGUUGUUUUUCUGGGCCGAGGGGCCCGGGCUGCUCAUCUGGAGUUGGAAAGACGGUCGUGUCUGCGUUUAUCAAACCGAACCGGAACUCUCGCCCUCAGCAUGGGACUUCGCCUUCCUCUCGCCCCGCGCAUACAUGAUGACAUACACGGGUUCUCCCGGGUCCAUCGAGGUCUUCACGUUCACCGUCGGCGAUGAGAUGCCCUCCGCCCCAGGUCCUGUUAUCACAGAUAAUGCCGCUGGACUGAAUAGCUACCAUGUCAACGAAGGCUCGACAUCAGCGGAUACGAGAGGAUCCGGGCCGCUUACAACCCCGACGCAUAUUGCACAGCUACAGCUGCCACCUCUACAGCCCACGGUACCCUUGGUGAAUUUCUCCACCCAUACAGGGCCGUAUCUCGCCAACCCCCCGCGCACCAGCGUCCCCUUCUACACCGACACGUACAACCAGCGCAUGCACGUCAUGACGAUGCGGUACCACGCCGAUAAUCGGGUCUUCCGGUAUAUCAUGUACGUCAACAACAAGACGUUUUUGGAUCUGGUGAAGAAGAGGAAAGAAGAGUGGGGUCCGACGGGAAAGAAAGUACUGAGCUGGUCGGAGUGGGGGCGCGAGGCGACCAGGAUCACUGCAAGUUUAUGGGAGUUCCAUUGGUUGAGAUACGUUUAUGGAACACGAGUCGUCUGUCCGCCAGAACGGGUGCCUGACGGUAAUCUACCCAAUGCUGGCCUGGUCCAGCGAAUCCGACUCCUCGACUUCAAUGUCCGGGCAUAUCUCCCUCGACCGUCGUAUCUUGACGGGGACGAACAACUAGGAGAAGCGGGUCCAGCUCCCAGGGUUUCAUCCCAAUCAGACUCUGAUCCGAAUGGUGUCUCGUCGCCUCCCGCUCCAUAUAUUCCCGCUCCAACUCGCACUGUGGAGUCAGAAAUGAACUCAUACAUUUCCGAGGAACCAGCUGAGCUCAACGGAGACGUGAUCGAGACAAGCCUCAACCUGGAACCCUCGCAGGUCGUUUGCGACGCCGUCUUCAAGGACCCGGUGGAGACGACCCUGCCGUACCGCACGGUGACGCGGACGAUGCGUGUGCCCCCAGGGGGUCUGGGGUCUGGUCAUUGGGGAUACAGCGGCUUUAUGAUCGAUGAAGAGCGCUUGAUAGGGCUCAAGUCGACUGCCCUUUCGGAGGGUGAUAUGGGCGAUGUCACGGUUUUUACGCUCUGA